CUCGCUACAUGAAGCGUCAUUAUUUUAUGACAUACUUUCAGCUUUCACUGUGGGCCUUGGCAAAGUAACUUUGUACAUGAUCUCUUGUCUGUGGCCCACAUCUCAUAUGGACAAAUGUAAACAUGCAUAUUGUAAAUUUAGUGUGUUAAACGUUUGGUAGCGGCACUAAAAACAUGGAAUAUAAAUGAGUUGGCAGCUAACAAGCAUAGCUGAGGAAUUAGCAUUAACUACGUUCCUAAUCAAAGCAGACAUUUAGGUUUUAGGAAUGUUUUGGUGGUUUUGCUCUCGUGGAAUAAGCCACUGCUUCUAAGUACUGCCGCAAUGAGUCGCUUUCCAUUUACCACGGAUGUAAUGGUGGUUUCUACCGUUUUUGCUACUUGAAGUUAGCCUGACCUCGACUUUCUCAGACAGCACAAGACAGCGUGUUCCUCAUGAUGUGGCUGUGUAUUUCUGCUCUCCUGCUGUGGACAGAGUCAGGACAAUGUGCAGAGAUGACCAACACAUCAGAGCUAAUCCAAUACACCACUGUGGACUUCUUCGAGAAACUGCAUUCUGGGAAGAUGAUGUUUAUCUAUUUUGAGCGUAAAGUUUCUCCAACCAUCUCGCUCUUCUUGGUGGAGCUGGAAAAGUCUGCAGAAGUUCUCCAAGACUAUGGUGUGCUGGUUGGGAAGGUCAAUUGCAACAAAGAGGCGGUUCACACUUACUGCACAGAUGAAAGAAGACUACACACGGCUUUUCUGUUCAGAGGGGGAAAGGAGUUCUUGGGUCUGGACUUGGACACCGUGUUUGACGUCAACUCCAUCGUCUCUGAAGUUCUCUUUGCCAUUCUGCGUGAAGAGGUGAAGUAUGUCCACACAGACGCUGACCUCGUGGCCAUGGAGAAGGCAGCCAGGGGGCAGAAGGAUCUUGUGCUGGGUUACGUCCAGAGUCUGGGAACACAUGAGCACAGGUCAAUGAUGGAGAUGGCAUAUGUGUAUGGAUCCAAAUACCAGUUCAUUCUAAUAACAGGGGGACCAGUUCUAAAAUAUCUGGGUGUUAACGAAUCGUCUCAAGUGUGGUUCCUCCACUGCAGAGUUCACAGUGGGCUCACGACCUCGACGACCUCUGAGCGUUGCCCUUUGACUCAUAUGAGGAAACCUCUGUCCGUCCUCAGCCUCCACUCCUUCCUGCAGCUCAUGGAGGCUCCACUGGUGUCUGAAGUGUACGAAGACCCAUCCUUGGUCCCGCCCCCUCCGUUUCCAUACCAGGGGACUCCACAGGUCUUCCUGUUCUCCCGCCUGCCCACCAAACACCUGGACAUGGACACGGCGACCAGGCUGGCCUGGAGGCUCCGAGGCAUCGCUCUGCUGCUGCUCGUACACAGGCAGAGUCCUGCAGUGAAAACUCCUGAUGAAUAUAACGCUGCUUACAGGCUGCCUGAGAAGAGUUUAGAGGUGAAGUAUAUGACCCUUCGCAACCUCGAUGAUGUGUUGGAGCUUUUUACAAACAAAGAGAAAGAAGAGGAGGAAGAUGAGGGAGACAAUGAAGAGGAGGAGGAGGAGGAUGAAUCAGAUUUCGCUCUGGACGAUGAAAUUGCAUCAGCUGUCUACAAAAACAGAGGCAGCUUACUGGACACGGACUCAGUUACCCAACUAACCUCUGAAAACUUCCAUGCUGCAGUAGCACAAAGUGGCCUGACAGUGGCGCUCUUCUACCUCAAAUGGGAUGCUGUUUCCAUGGCUUUUCUCAGCUCUUUCAUUGAAGUUGCAGAGAGGCUUGCAGAUGCUGAGGUUAACGAUGUACAGAUGAGCACAGUCGACUGCGGGGAGUGGACCGACCUCUGUGCCGCUGAGCCAGGCAGCUCGCUCCCUGUUCUGUUUCAGCCAAUCACAGUCUUCCCAAGCAUCCUGGUGUUCCGCCCACAGGAGUCGGCUCAGCACUACAGAGGCAUGCUGGGUAGCAAGGCGCUUUAUCGCUUUAUUAUGCUGAGCUGUCCUGCUUCUCCUGCACCACUGUCCAGCCAGGAGGAAGUGGCAUCAUUUCUCCAGGAAGUGCCUCACCCUGAGCUGGCAGGUUAUAAGAAACCUGACAGAGUGCUGGGACUGUUUAAGAUGCAAACUCAUGCAGGAGUUCCUGUGUUUACUAAAGCAGCAAAGUCACUGAGAGGAGAGGUGCUAACUGGACUGCUGACAGAUGGACUGGCAGAGAAAUGGGCCGCCGACCACACUGUGGACCUUCCUGUGGUGUUGGUGUUUCCAUCAUGGAGGACACACACUUACCCCUCCAAACUGAGUGUGUCGUCCUCUGCUGAGGAGCUGCUCGCACACAUCAGCACUGCACUGCUCCAUCCAGUGCCUGAACUGACGGUGGAAAGUCUGCCAUCCUUCCUCUCUCUGGGUAAAGCCCUCCUCAUCCUCUUUGUGGGAGAGGAAGAGGAUGAGAUCGGCUGGAGACAGAACCAGAUGCUGGUGGAAGAGAUGAGGCGAGUGGUAAAGUUGGGAGAAGGGAAGAUGGAGCCAUUUCUAGCCUGUUGGAUACACCUUGGUCAUACUCCAGCUGGUAUGUCUGUCUUAGGGUCAUAUCUGGGCUCGAUGCCCCCUCUGCCUGCACUGGUCCUUACCCAUUUGCCCUCUGGAGAUGAAAUCUAUCGUUACCCCCCCAACACCCCCAUUGUGGCCCCGUCUGUCCUGCAGUGGCUGCAGAGGAUUGAGGACAGGACUGAGUCACCGGCAGGGUUGUUGGGUGAGGACAGUUGGCCUCCUGCUGAGGAGUUCUAUGAUUUUCUGAAAAUCAUGGACAUGCAGGAACCGGGCUCCACCCAACAGCAAAUGCCUAAGAAGGAGGAGGUGGAGGAGAAGGAGGAGGAGCAGGUGGGUGAUGAGGAAGAGGAGAACGUGGAUGAUUUGUUAGUCGAAGAGGCAACAGAUUCUUCCUCUGGCUCUCCUGCUCCCGUUGCUAACACUCACUCUGAACUGUGACAGAUGAAGAUUUACGAUUGUGAUUGAUUAUUUUUUUUUAUAUCCAUAGUUUUUAUAUUCAUAUGUUUGUGUCUCAGUUAACAUAGUUUAUUUUUUACUCUCAGGGGUGUUAAUAAAAUAUCAACUCUGUUUGACUGUU